AAAAAAAAACAUAAAAUAAAUAAUGAAUAAAUUUUAAAAUGAAAAAAAUGAAAUAAGAAGGCAUUAAGAUGGUUUUUCAUUCGGAUAUAGAGGCACAAAAGGCGUAUCUUAUUUAGAUGCUGUAUUAAAUUAAAAUAAUCCAUGUGUCGGUACUUAUAAUAUCUAAAAAUGUUUAUAUGCUCAUGAUACUAAAAUAAAAAAUGGCAAAUUCGGUUCUUAAGACCGUUUUCCAUUAAUAAAAAAGUCUCCAGGUCCAGGUGAUUAUAAUGUAAAUUAAUAAAAGCUUUUAGUUAAAAAUUAAAAGUAAUUGUUUUUCACCGAAAGUUCUAGAAGUAAUAUAAAUGAUUCAAAUUAAUCAAAUGAUAUGGGGCCAGGCUUUUAUUAUUCUUAAAAAAUAGAGAAUACUAAAGGAGUAAUUAAUUUUUCUAAAUAUUCGUCUAGAUAAUAAUAAUUAAAUAAUAAAUAAAUGGAUAAUACUCCUUCCGUGGGAACAUAUACUAUAAAUAGAAAUAAUUUAUUAAGCUUUGAUUCUCCUUCUUUUUCAAAAAGUGUAAGAAAAUAUUAAACAUUUACAUAUGCACCUGGUCCUGGUUAAUAUUAAGUUAAUGAUAUUUUAAAAGGCUCAAAAUCUUAAAUAAUUACUACUAUGUCAACUUCUAAAAGAUUCGAAGAAUUUAAAUAUAAUACUAAUUCUUAAACUCCGGGCCCUGGAAAUUACGAUUUUAAUGAAUUGAAAAUAAAAUAUUAAAAUCCUUCUUAAUAUUCUAUUGCUUAAAAAUUAUCUUCUUCUUAAUUAUUUCCUAAGGAUAAAAUACCAGGACCAAAUUAAUAUGAUUAAAUAGUUGAAAAACCUAAAUAAUCAAUUAAAAUAGGGACUUCAAAUAGACCUGGAGUGGGUAAUGGAGUACCUGGUGUAGGAUCUUAUGAUUCCUUCUCCAUAACAUUAUGA